CCUUGCCAUGUGCGUUUGUUUGCUCCCCCAUUGUGCUAAUUUAUAAGCCCUCGACGCCGCGUCCUCCCUGUCCUCCAUACUUUCUCAACCACGGAUUGCCUCCACCACCGACUACUCUUGUCUACAAUCUGCACUUCAGAAACUUGCACUCUUUGCAAUCCCCACUGACGACCUUCUUGCUACAUAGCAAUCUCUUUACACACACCACCCACACAACACUUCUUGCUACGGCAUCCUAUCUGCACUCUUUGCACCCCCCAUCUCCUGCUACGGCAUACCCCACACUCUCUCCAUCCACACAUUACCAUUUCACAAUGAAGCUGUCUCCAUUCCGUUUCUCUGCCCGUCAGGCCUGCCGCUUGAUCAAGCGCGACGUCUCGAACAUGUUCAAGCGUGGCAGCAACAAGCAGUGCAGCGAGGAAAUCAAGGAGCGCCUCUCGCAGGUCUCGAGGGAUAUCUCGCCGUUCGACGACGUCUCCUACAUUCUCAGGCAAGACGUGCCGGCUGUUGAGCCCGUCGCAAGGACCCCAUCUACCGAAUUCGCGGUUGGAGUUUGCGACUCUGCGUUCGCUAGCGAGGCUGGCAGUAUCUCUCUGUCCCCUCAGUUUAGCACUAAGCGUGCCAUAGCCGCCCAAGUUGCUGAGUUUGCGGCUGGUAUUCGGGAUGCUGCGCCCGCCCUUGAGGUUCGCGACUUGACUUCUGCCCAUAGGGUUGAAUCUGUAAGUGAAUGCUUUGUCGUGCCCAAACGUCAUACUAAUACUUCCAAGGUCUCUUUCUCCCACCCUGAGCCUCAGGCAGCCACUGUAGUGGGCGAGCUUACCAAGGCCCUUUCACCGAACCGCAAGGCCGACACCCACAAUCCUCGAGAUAAUGGUAUAAAGUCGCCUACCAUCAGGGCCGUUGAAUCUUCAUCCUCAACCAUCACAACAUCACCCACCAGCUCUUUCACCCGACCCUUUACCGCCUCAACGGCCGCAACCGAGUACAGCACCGACCCAGCCAAGCAGACAAAAUUGGAUUCUUCUCUGCUCGACCACACGAUAUUGGUCAUGAUGGCAACACCCGCUGCCCACCCUGAACUCCCUCGAUUACAAUUCGACUAUUCGGUUGCCGACGAACAAUUGGAGAAAUGGUAUCGAAACUUGGAUACCAGCGUUGACAAUCCGGAUCGCUUUACCUACCGUGGCGUUCGACUGGUGUUUACAAUCGCCUUCAUCUAUAGCGAGCAAAACCCAAUGUACGAGCGGAUCUGGGGCCGUCGCUUCUUCCACGAUGUCGAGGGUAGACAGAAGAACGCCGCAAACAACCUCCUGGCGAAAUUGGUAUCGAGUCUGGAUGAUAGCCAACCCUCGAUUGCUGUCAAGACAGCUGAGGCUCUUCUGGGCGCAAUCUACGAGGACAAAGACGCGGCCACAAUGCUCAAGUCCAUUGGGGAUUGGAAAGUUUCGACCAACGAUGUCACCGACGACCUCCACCUCAAGUUCGCUGACAUGUUGCUGCCGGAGUAUGCGGUCCUGCCGCCAUCGGGGUCGGAGCUCGGCUCUUGGAGUCGUCUCCAAAACCGCAUCCGACGCGGAGUUGGCCGUCGAGUGGACGUGAGGCGCUAAUGACCAAUUUUUUCUUGCCGCCCCCACUCCCU